CCUGUGUCGCGUGAAACGCAGCUCUGCUGUGUCCCACUGGUUUUUGGAUUCUCGCUAUAUAGACUGUGUUAUAGAUUUUCUUUUUUUUUUUUUUUUUUGUUAUUUUUAUUCUUAUUUUCCUCUUCGUUCUAUUCCAUUCCCAAUGUUCAAAAUGGCGGAUCAUCCGCGUUCAAUGGAGUCCAGGGUGGGACGCAAAAACCAACGGUACGGACCGAAAGGUGAACGACUCGUGGCCGGUGUGGUUCCAUUGUCCGCGGACAAGACGAAGGUGCUUAUGAUCCAAUCUGCGGGACGUGGCGGCUGGGUGCUUCCCAAAGGCGGUUGGGAGACCGAUGAAGUCAGCGCCCAGCAAGCUGCCUGCAGAGAAGCGUGGGAGGAGGGCGGGAUAAUAUGCACGGUGCACAAAGACCUGGGGUUGAUCCCAGAUAUGCGGCCAUCGGCAUUGUUGACAUCUACGGCCCCGAAGGCGUCCUACCAGUUCUUCGAGGUCACCGUGGACCGGGAAGAGGACCAAUGGCCCGAGAUGCACAAGCGGAAGCGUCAAUGGGUCAGCUUUGCGCAAGCGGCCGAGGCGCUUGCCAGUCGUCCCGAGCUUCUGGAAGCGCUGAAACGCAGCUCCAUGCGGAGGUAGCGAUGGCGUA